AUUAGCCUAUAUAUGUUAAUUUUUGUACUAAAUCAAGAAUCCCUUAACUCUAUCGUUUGUUUCUUCCCCUUCCGAUGCUAUAGAUUUGGGAUCGACGGAUCAUUUUCAGAAUUUGAAAAGACGAAAGGCUAUAAGCAAACAAUAAAAAAAAAAAAGAAAAAAAAAGAGAUGCCUGCAGUUUGGUUUGCUUUGAAGAAAUCUUUGAAAUGCAAAUCAGAGCCACUGGAUGUCCAUGAUCCAAAGGGGAAUGGGAACCUGAGCCAUAUAUUGACAAGGAAAUCAGGCAGUGGACGGUCAGGAUGUUCUAGGUCUAUUGCAAAUCUGAAAGAUGUAAUUCAUGGAAGCAAAAGGCACACAGAGAAGCCACAAACUUGCAGUCCAAGAUCCGUUGGCAGUAGUGAACUUUUGAACCCAAUAACGCAUGAAGUUGUGUUAAGUAAUUCAACUUGUGAACUAAAGAUCACGGCCAGAAAUGGUUUCCAAGAAGGUGGUGCUAGUGGCGGCGCCUGUGGUUCGACGUUUGUGGGCACGCUUAAGCCGGGGACUCCGGGCCCACGGCGGCUGAAGGGAAAUAAGCAUAGAGGAUUGGCUAGUCCUAUAAGGAGGACAUCUAGUAGCCUUUCCAGGAGGAGUUCUGGAUUUGGGGUAAUCCCCGCAAGGCCUGAGGCCUACUUUGGUGCAGAUUCUAAUGGUGCUUUAUUUUGCCAUAAAUGUGGUGAACCAUUUGGUAAAUGGGAAGCCAUCGAAGAACAUCACCUCUCCAAACAUGCCGUUUCUGAACUUGCUGAAGGAGAGUCCUCAAGAAAAAUAGUUGAAAUAAUUUGCCGGACGAGCUGCACAAAGCCAGACAGUAAUUGUGGAGGAAUUGAGAGGGUUUUGAAGGUCCACAACAUGCAGAAAACACUAGCACAAUUCGAGGAAUACCGAGAAUUGGUGAAGAUCAAAGCAACCAAACUUCCCAAGAAACAUCCUCGUUGUCUAGCCGAUGGAAACGAGCUUUUAAGGUUCUAUGGAGCAACUGUCGAAUGCAAUCUAGGCAUCAAUGGCUCUUCAAGCCUUUGUACAUUGGAUAAAUGUAGUGUUUGUCGAAUUCUAAGACACGGGUUUUCAUCAAAAAAAGGGACAAAUGGUGGUAGUGUUGGAGUAUUCACAGCUUCAACAAGUGGUAGAGCAUUUGAAUCAAUCCAAUCAUACGAUGAAAAUCCUUCAAUAAGGAAGGCUCUAAUAGUGUGCAGAGUUAUAGCAGGGAGGGUGCAUAGGCCUUUAGAGAACGUUCAAGAAUUGGCUGGUCAAACAGGAUUUGAUUCACUGGCUGGGAAAUUAGGUCCCCAUUCAAAUAUUGAAGAACUCUAUUUGCUCAGUCCAAGAGCUCUCCUUCCCUGUUUUGUGGUAAUUUACAAACCAUAAGUCGUUAUAGACGAAAUUUUAACUUCUUUUGAGCACUAGACUCCGGCUCGUGCUUAAGGAAGUUUUGUGGAUUCAACUAUUAUUUCCAGCUCUCCACUGCCUUUCGUUUAGAUUUUGUAGACUUGUGUUUAUAAAAGCCAUUUUUUCCAUGCUGCUUUUCACUUAUAAGUGGAAAAUUGUGGAUUAAUUUCUCAAAAUUAUAAAGACAUGUUCUGUCAUUAAGUA